AUGCCUCAGAAAAAGAAGUCCGGAAAGAAGAAGCCUGUAAAGGAAUCUAGUUCCGAAACAAACGCAGAAGUCAAUGCCUCUGUAGAGGAACAAGAUACGUCGGUCGAGGAGGAUGAAAACUCUACUCCUAGACCGGUCGAGCCUGAAGCCAAGCCUACGCCGGAUCCGAACCCUGUUGCGAAAACCUCUCCAGAAAGUCCACAGAAGUCAGGGGUGAAUCCUCCCGUGUCACCUAGUGGAAACAAGGCCAUGAAGGUUUGGGACGAUGUUCCUGUCAUCUCAACGGACAAGGCGAAGCUUGUCAUGACGGAACUUCGAACCCGCAUGAGGCCCCCAUACAAUGUGAACGGAGAUGAAGCACCGACGUUGUCGGCUGUACUUGUGGCAGGCAUGAGAGAACUUGCAGCUCUUGAAGUAGACGAUCUACAAGAUUCCAACGUCAACCCAUCCAUCAAGGCACGAGAGAUCGUUGUGGAGGUCAUGUGCCAGACGGACUUCAAGACGCAAGUUGCGUUCCGUAUGAAGGAUCUUGUGACGGCUGUGCAAGCAACGGCCCUCACUUCUGCUCUCCGACGCCUCAGUAACCUCCAGAAGAGUGCUGUCUCUACUCACGAUCCAGUCUCCUCCACCUUGGCCUCGGCGUUGAUCGCUGGUCUGCUUACAUGGGAUCGAGAUCUCUAG